GGUGUAAGUACAGGAGUGUUUGUGUUUGUCUAACUGGACCACUACUUCUGACUUCUUAAGUUCUUAUUCAUUUCGCGAAAUUGUUCGGAGAAAUCGGGACGACCAUGAAUCGGCGGAACGACCCCAAUCCUUUUGAAGAAGAAGAGCAAGAAGUCAAUCCAUUUUCGAAUGGCAGUGCUGCUCCCGGAUCAAAAUCACGCAUUCCUCAAAUGGUAGCUAAUACUCUUGGUUUUGGCCAAAAGCAUGAUGCUACUGUUGAUAUACCAUUGGAUUCAAUGAAUGAUCCAAAGAAAAAAGAGAAGGAACUGGCGAAUUGGGAAGCUGAUUUGAAAAGGAGGGAAAGGGACAUCAAACGCAGAGAAGAUGCUGUUACUAGUGCUGGUGUGCCUGUCAAUGAUAAGAACUGGCCCCCCUUUUUCCCAAUUAUACACCAUGAUAUAGCCAAUGAAAUACCAGCUCAUUCUCAGAGGAUGCAGUAUUUGGCAUUUGCUAGUUGGUUGGGCAUUGUUCUUUGCCUUACAUUCAAUAUCAUUGCGGUGAUCGUUUGUUGGAUAAAGGGUGGAGGUGUCAAAAUCUUUUUCCUCGCUGUAAUAUAUGCCUUACUUGGAUGCCCCUUAUCCUAUGUUUUGUGGUAUAGGCCCCUCUAUAAUGCAAUGAGGACUGACAGUGCACUCAAAUUUGGUUGGUUUUUUCUGUUCUACAUGCUUCAUAUUGGAUUUUGCAUAUUUGCUGCCAUUGCUCCUCCCAUUGUCUUUCAUGGAAAAUCACUAACGGGCAUCCUUGCUGCAAUUGAUGUAUUCUCUGAUCAUGUUCUUGUUGGGAUCUUCUAUUUGGUUGGGUUCGGCUUGUUCUGUUUAGAAUCAUUGCUAAGUUUGUCGGUGCUGCAGAGAGUUUACAUGCACUUCCGAGGGAAUAAGUGAUAUUAAAACUGUCGUUCCAAUGAUCAUCCAGAGGAAACAUUUUUCCAUGCUGCCCGAUUAUAGAGUUGUUUGUCAGCCGCCUUGGGUUAGGUUGAGGUGAAAAUGACUGGAUUCUUAUAUUGAUUUUUAACUUUUGUAAUGUUUAUUAGUGGUAGGCUUUAUAUGUGCUUCCUUUGUUGACCAACAUAUUUCAUAAGCACCAAUAUUUUCUCUUGUUUCUUGUGCAA